AUGGAUUAUACUUUUGCUAAUGGUGUCCCUACUGAUUCUCAGGUUCUAGCAGUCUAUAACGGUUUGAGUAGGGUCCAAAGAGCCAGAUACGAUAAUGCAGUCAACGACCGGGAGAGAACCACUAUCUUAUAUGUAGUUGCGAAGGAAAAGAAAAAACCGGUCGCCGCAGCACAGUCAGAACGCCAAAAUAUGUCUGGAACACCGCAAUAUAGACUGAACUCGGGAUAUUCUCCGGAUGCCGCAAUAUACCCCGGACGCCAACAUAAAUGCCGCAAGAUAUCCUGGAUGCCGCCGGAAAAAGAGGUCGCCGCAGUAUCUCCGGAAUGCCAAUACAAGUGCCGAAUGUUGUCGCAAUAUACGAUUGCCGCAGCACUGCCGGGACACCGUCAUAACACGAAGUUACCACCACAAGAGCCAGAUGCCGCCGAAAUAUACGAUUGCUGCAGUAUCGAUGGGACGCCGACGCAAAGAAGUUGCUACUUGAAGUGCCAGAUGCCGCCACGAUAUAAGAUCGCCGCCACAUCGACGGAACGUCGCCACAGCACGAAAUUGUCGCUACAUGUGCCCAGUGCUGCCGUAACACGAGGUUACCGCCGCACCGAUGGGACGCUACUGUAUGCGCCGGAUGCCGCCGCAACGUAA